AUGGAAGCAGCAAAGCUCAAUUUGUCCUCCUUGAAGGACAAAAUCUCGUCGAAACUCAGUCUGGGGAGUACUAAAAAGGAAAAGAAGUCCAAACUCCCGAAAAAAGAUACCCAAAAUUCAGCCAAAAAGGAUAAGAAGGACAAGAAGUCAAAGCAUGGGAACGAUAAGAGUACCGAGAAGUCCGAAAAAGGAAACGCUGACACUGAAGAAGACAUUUUGAAGCGUGAGGCUUUGGCGCUUGGUGCAUCUAAGGAUGACAUUGCUCUCAUUGCAGGCCUUAAAGAAGAUCAAAGCGAUGAGGAGUUCGCAGAUGCUGGUAACGAUAAAUCACUCAAUGCUGACUUAGCCACCUUCAUGAAGGGUCUUGGACUCCCCGGCAAAGUCGAUGUCGUGCAAGAUGAGGACUUAUCUGAGCCAGAGGAUGUACCUGACUUGGUCGAUGGUGAGCUUGAAGAAGAAGAAGACGAGGAGAGUGAGGAGGAGGAGGAAGAAGAAAAAGAAGAAAUAGUCGAGGAGAAGCCGAAACCAAAACCUGUGGAGGAAAAGAAGCCACCAGCACAGGAAGCGGAAGUUGGCGAACUUAUCAAGCCCAAAAGCUACAAGGUUGACGAUGUCAGAUCUGUCAAGAGCGCCAAACUCAAAAUCGAAAACAGAGUUGACUGGUACAAUAUCGAUGUCGAACAAGCAGAGCCAGAAAAGCUCGAUAGAUUUGCCCUCGAGAGACUCAACGACAAAGCCAAGGCGAUUAUUGAUUCCGAGAAUAAAACAUACUUGGAGGAAUUCUCCUCCGAUAACUCUCAGAGGAAGUUUUUGUCGCAGAUACUUUCUGACGGUACAUUAAACGAUAAAAUUUCCGCAUUGACUUUGUUGGUUCAAGAGGCCCCUUUGCAUAACAUCAAGCCAUUUGAGACCCUUCUAAAUUACUGCGAGAAGAAGUCCAGAAACGCAGCUUUGCAGGCAGUGAAUUCCAUGAAGGAUUUGUUCAUCAACAGUCUUCUCCCUGAUAGAAAGCUCGUUGCAUUUAACAAGGCCUCGCUCACCCAAACAGCCAGUGAACAAAAAUUGGCAUUAGCAUACUACGAAGAUUUCCUCAAGAAGUGUUACUUCAAGUUCAUUCAGGUGCUCGAGUACUUGAGUCAUGACCCUAUUUUGCAUGUUCGUAUGACUGUCGUUACGCAUAUCUUUGACUUGUUGAAGGCUAAGCCUGAGCAAGAGGUGAAUUUGCUUAGGCUUGGUGUCAACAAGCUUGGUGACAUCGAUAACAAAGUCGCCGCUAAAACAUCAUACCAGAUUCUUCAGUUGGAGCAGGCCCAUCCCGCAAUGAAAAAGAUCAUCGUUGAUGCUGUCACGGAUAUGGUAUUGCAGAAGCAGAGUGAGUACCACUCCCAGUACUACACCAUUCUCACUCUCAAUCAGACCAUUCUUUCUAAGAAGGAAACUGAUCUUGCAGACUCCCUUGUGAAGACAUACUUUUCUUUGUUCGAAAAGCUUUUAGUGGAAUCAGACCCUGCCCUCAAGGAUGCCAAAGAAGACAGAACUUUGGGUAAGAGUGAGAAGGGUAGAAAGAAUAACAGGAAACAGUUCAAGAAGGGUAAGAAAGGUGGAAAGUCUGUCAAGGUCGAGGAAAAGACCGAAGAAGAGGUUAUUGAGGAGAGAUCAUCUAAAAUGUUCUCGGCUCUUCUUACCGGUUUGAACCGUGCUUUGCCAUUCUCUCAGCUUCCUUCUGAUAUCUACACCAAGCAUAUGGAGACUCUUUACAAGAUCACCCACUCCACCAAUUUCAACACUUCUGUUCAGGCUUUGGUUUUGGUGUACCAUAUUAUCACCGAGCAAGGCUUGGACUCUGACAGAUACUACAGAACUCUUUAUGAGUCGCUCAUGGACCCUAGAUUGGUCAACUCGUCAAAGCAAGGAAUCUAUUUGAACUUGCUUUUCAAGUCAUUGAAGCACGACAUCCAUAAUAUGCCUCGUAUUCUCGCCUUUGUGAAGAGAAUUUUGCAAGUUUCUUCUCAUUGGCUCAACGUUGCUAUCAUCACUGGUAUGAUGUUUUUACUCAUGGAGUUGAGUAAGACUUAUCCCCAGAUUGUUGAGCUCAUGGAGGCUGUCAAGGACAGACCAGACUUCCCUACCAACGAGAUCAAUGAUUCCAAAGAGACAAAGGCAGAAGUCAAGAGUGAAGAUAAGGAGUACGAUCCUAAAAAGAGAAACCCAUCAUUUGCCAACGCUCAGAACUCUUGUCUCUGGGAAAUGAACCAUUUCAUUCUGCAUUACCACCCCACAGUGGCCAUCUACGCUGAUUCCUUCCUCAAUGGCAAGCCACAGCCCAAGCCUGAUUUGGGUCUCUACACCUUGGCUCACUUCUUGGACAGAUUCGUCUACAAGAACGCUAAAGCCAAAUCCACCACUAAGGGUUCUUCUAUUAUGCAGCCUUUGGGUGGUGCCCACACAGGGUCGCUUUUGGUCAAAGCUACAAACAGUCAAUCUGACGAUGUGCCAGUGAACACAAUCAACUGGUUGGCCAAGAAGGCAGAGGAUGUCAGACCCGACGAGAGAUUCUUCCACCAGUACUUUACUGGAAACACAAGCAAAAUCAGAAACAAUGAAGCCAAAGGUGCCGAAGACGAGGAUGACGAAGAGCACGAGAAGAUGCACGAUGACGAAGUGUGGGAAGCGUUGGUCAAGUCCCAGCCGGACGUUGAAGGCGGAUUGUCCGAUGAUGACGAUAUGUCUGAUUUUGACGAAGAGGACUUUGCCGACAUGAGUGACGGCGACGAUGACGAUGCUGAAGGAGCACCUUCUACACUUGCUGAAGCAUUUGGCGACGACGACGACGACGACUUUUCAGAGAGCGAAAUGCCCCAGUUUGACGAGGAGUUCGAGACCAACCAAGGCUCCGACGAAGAAGAGAAGUUGGACGAAGGUCUGGAUGCAGAGGAUGCUGAGGACGCCGAGGAUAUGUUUGGCGUGAACGACGAGGAUGAGUAUGACAGUGACGAGGCUGUCAGUGCGGAGAACACCAAAAAGAGAAGUAACGAAGAAGGCGGCAAGAAGCUGAAGAAAGCUAAGCUACUGAGCUUGCCCAUGUUCGCAGACGCAAGCGACUAUGCCAAGUACUUGGAGUCGGACGAGGAGUGA